AUGGCCUCCAACGUUCAAAUUGCGGCUAGGAGUCCAACUUCCAUGUUGCUAAGCCGCAUGAAGCAGGCCGUCGAGGCGGAUCGUCAUGGUCAGCUGCGAGGUCCCGGAGAUGGUGGGCUUCGGCCCAUCAAGCAGUCGGCAAAGAAUGCGAUCGAGGCGCUCAUUUCAGACUUCAACCUGAACCCUAGCUGUGCUUGGAUGUUGCGGUCUUUGACUCCAGACAAGCAGAAAUUGGCUGCUAAGAUCGACCCAUCUGGCCAAGAUGAUGCGUCAGGGUACGUGGCUGAAGAAUUAAAAAAGAUCGUCUGA